AAUAUGUAUUUUAAUUUUGACAGAAUGAGAGGUAUCCCAGAUGAAUAAGUUUCUUUCCUAAAAUAGAGAGAUUUUGAAAGAUUUCCAACCACCAGUCAGACACGGAGCAGGGAUGUCGAGUUGAUUGUCAGAGCCAGAAUCGUGAUCAAUGUAGAAUUUUUAUGUGGUACUUUGGUGAAAUAUUUAAUUUUUCUAAAAAAAGGGACUGACAUUCACAGAUAUGUCAAAGAAGGAGAAUAGAUUACCUAGAUGGUACUUUGGAGGACUUGCAUCAGCAGGAGCAGCCUGUUGCACACAUCCCUUAGAUUUAAUAAAAGUUCAUUUACAAACUCAACAAGGUGGAAAAGCUUCAAUCAUACAACUAACAAAAGAUAUUGUGAAAAAGCAAGGUGUUCUUGCACUUUACACUGGAUUAUCGGCCUCGUUAUGUAGACAACUUACAUACUCCACUACACGAUUUGGAAUGUAUGAAGUAGCUAAGCAAAAUAUGAACAGUGACUCAUUCUAUUCCAAAGUUGCGAUAGCAGGAAUAGCUGGAGCUGCAGGUGGCUUCGUUGGUACACCAGCGGAUAUGGUGAAUGUCAGAAUGCAAAAUGAUAUCAAGUUGCCAAAAGAAAAACGACGAAAUUACAAACAUGCAAUAGACGGACUUGUUAGGGUAUAUAGAGAAGAAGGGCUUCGAAGGUUAUUUUCCGGAGCUUCAACUGCAUCUUCAAGGGCUAUACUGAUGACAAUAGGACAGUUGUCGUUUUAUGACCAAAUUAAAAUAAUGUUAAUACGAAGCGGCUUGUUUAAUGACAACCUGACAGCACAUUUUUUGUCAAGUCUAAGUGCAGGUGCCAUUGCAACAUCUCUAACUCAGCCUCUAGACGUUUUAAAAACCAGGUCAAUGAAUGCUAAGCCUGGUGAGUUUAAAAACUUAGGGGCAAUAAUCGUUUACACUGCCAAAUUGGGCCCUUUAGGGUUUUUUAAAGGCUACAUUCCAGCUUUCAUACGACUGGCGCCACAAACGAUCUUAACGUUUGUCUUUUUAGAACAACUUAGGUUGAACUUUGGAUAUUUUCCCCCGCAAGUUCAACUUAAUUAGAUAAAAAUUGUUUUAUUUUUUUUAUCUUGUUACCAAUUUUAGUCCUGUUAUGUUUUUAAAAUUUUAUGGUGCUGAUUGUUUUUAUUAUGGGCUAGUUGAUAUUAGAGAAACUUAUUUGACAAUAAUAUUCAAAGACAACUUGCUUUUAUUUUGCAUUUAUGUGAAUUAUUCAGGUGAUAUAUUUAAAUAUUUUUAGAGCAUUUUAUUUUUUGUUUUUUGUUAGGACAGUAUGUUUACAAAAUAUCAUUCCUGUUACCAUUCUUAGGCCAAAGGCCGAUACGUGUUGAAGAAUCUCUUGUAGUGUUUUGUAACUGCAGCUUGUCAAGUCUAGAUGAGGUUAUAAGAUUUUAUUUUCGGCAAUAAAACUUUUUUAAUCAUUGUA